AUGGAGAAAAUAUUAGCUCAUCGAGCUAAAUUUUCUGCUGCAGUUUCUGGAGAACAAGAUACAAUAGAAAAAUUUCAUACCUUAACUAAAGAAUCAAAUGAAGUCAAUCUGAAAAACAGUGAAAUAAUUGCGAAUCAAAAUAAAAUUAUACAAGAUUUAAAGAAAACAGUAUCGUAUGAAAAAGAUAAAUCAGCUGUUGAGCAGCAAAAAGUAGAAGAGCUAAUGGACGAACUGGAGACUUUAAGAUUAGAAAAUAACAAGUAUGAAGUAAAAAUAAAAACACUAAAACGUAUAAAACCUAAUCCUAAAGAUGAACAACUUUUAAAACUCGAAAGACUCAGGUUGAAGUAUUAUAAAAAUUUAACGGGCGUUUUAUCACGGAUUGGCAAGAGUAUAUUCAGUCGUUUUCUCUGGGCAAAAACGAAAAAAAAAUUGAAGCUAAACUUUGGGCUGAAAUUUUAAAGUGUUCUGAAAAUUCCAAGUCUCCAAAUAAUAACUAA